UUCGUCCAAAUGGGACUGUUUUGCGAGCUACCGUUUGGCCAUCGUUAACCUCGCCGAUGAUUCCAAGUCCAUUGAUCGGGAUUCCUAGCACCGGUUUUCCACUAAAAAGAAAUCCCAUGGCUGGUGCGAUUUCACCCCUUCCUCUUCUGUUUUGGAUUCCAAAUUAGGUUAUAUGUUUAAUAACGACGCCUUAUUAUUCACCGCUGAUAUCUUAAUCCAUGAACCCAGCUCGCGAGACUGGGUUGGCAACGAACCCAUGCGCGAGCUGGGUUCUCUCUCUCAGUCUCUCUCCCUCUCCCGAAUACAAACAAUGGCGCCUUCUGUGGUUAUGCUCUGCUUUGCUCCUUUGCUCUUGCUUUCCGUGCUGGUGAAUGCGAGAAUCCCAAGGGUUUAUAAUGGUGGGCCGUGGCAGAGCGCCCAUGCCACUUUCUACGGCGGCAACGACGCCUCUGGGACUAUGGGUGGUGCUUGUGGGUAUGGCAAUCUGUACAGCCAAGGUUAUGGCGUGAACACGGCGGCCCUGAGCACUGCUCUCUUCAACAAUGGGCUCAGUUGCGGGUGUGGGAAUUUCCGGUAAUAUUUUUUCUUGGGAACCAAACAGUAGAAAAUAUCUGAUUCUAUUUUCUUCUUUUCCAAAAUUUUAAUUAAUUAAUUUUUUUUUG